AUGGAGAUGGAUCAGCCAACUAUUCAACAGAAAGCCAGGCAUUUUACACGUGCAUGGGGCUGGGUCAAGGCGUUGCCUGGUGAGUCCAAGGCCAAGGCUAUCAAAGUUGCAAAAAGUACACAAAAACUUGGAGAAGAUGACCCAAGAAGAGUCAUUCACUCCCUAAAAGUGGGAUUGGCUCUCACAUUGGUGUCCUUGUUGUAUUAUUCUAGACCUCUCUAUGAUGGUUUUGGGGUGGCAGGAAUGUGGGCUGUGAUAACCGUGAUUGUAAUGUUCGAGUUCACCCUAGGUGGAACUUUAAGCAAGGGUUUGAAUAGAGGCUUUGCAACAUUACUUGCCGGUGCUCUAGGGCUUGGAGCUCAACACUUGGCCAGUCUUUUUGGAAGGAAAGGACAGCCCGUUGUCCUUGGAAUUCUUGUUUUUCUAUUAGCUGCAGCAUCUACAUUCACGAGGUUCUUCCCACGAAUCAAGGCAAGAUAUGACUAUGGAGUCGUGAUAUUUAUACUAACAUUCAGUUUAGUAUCUGUGUCGGGGUAUCGAGUUGAAGAACUCUUGGUACUGGCACAUCAAAGGUUGUCGACAGUACUAAUAGGUGGAGCAACCUGCAUAGUCAUAUCCAUGUUCAUUUGCCCAGUUUGGGCCGGUGAAGAUCUUCAUAAGUUGAUUGCUUCCAAUAUAGAAGAGCUUGCAAAAUACCUAGAAGGCUUUGGAGGUGAAUAUUUUCAGCCCGUGGAGGAUGGAAGGAACGUUAAGGUCUCCAAUACUGAUAAAUCAUUUCUUCAAGGAUAUAAAAAUGUCCUUAACUCAAAAUCCAUUGAAGAAUCCAUGGCAAAUUUUGCAAGAUGGGAACCUAGACAUGGCCGCUUUGGUUUCCGGCAUCCCUGGAAACAAUAUUUGAAGGUCGGAGCCCUCUCACGGCAAUGCGCCUACCAGAUUGAAGCUCUUAAUGGCUACAUCAACUCUGAUAACCAAGCACGACUAGAAUUCCGAUGCAAAAUCCAAGAACCAUGUACAAAGAUGAGUACAGAAUGCGGUAAGGCACUGAAAUCAUUGGCCUCGGCUAUCAAAACCAUGACUGUUCCAUCCUCACCAAAUGUCCAUGUGGAGAACUCCAAAACUGCCGUCAAUGACUUCAAAAUUGCUCUUAAAACUGUCUCGUUGGAGCAGGAUCAAGACAUUUUAGCAAUUAUACCAGCUGCGACAGUUGCUUCAAUACUAAUUGAGAUAGUUAAAUGCGUGGAAAGAAUAUCCGAAUCAGUACAUGAACUCUCUAAUCUAGCACACUUCAAGAGUGAGGAACCCACUGUGUCACCAGACAAAUCGCAAUUUCUUCGCCGGGGAAGCAUAAAACCUGUUUUAGAAGGUGACACUGACCAUUUUAUUAUUACAAUACAUGGGAAAUCUGCAGAUUCACGAGAAAGUGAGAAUCCUCAGGCUCCCAAGCUUGGCCAGCGUUUGGAUGUGUAA